AUGGAGCGUUUUACGGUUGCCAUUUCAACUCAACUGAAGGUGAAAGCUUCUGCCAAACGAGCUUGGGUUCGAUUGCACGAAUUUGAAAACUUGCACAAUGUGUUUUCCACCGUCCACUCUGCGGAGUCAGUCGGUAGUCCAUGGGUGGUGGGAAGCAAGAUCAAGGUCACCCGAAAACUUCCCACAGGACACUGCUUCUUGGCGACCUAUAACAUUGUGAAGCACGAUGAGGAGAAUAUGGAGUUUCAGUUUUACUCAGAAGACAUUGCUUCUCCGGGAGCUGCCACUGUAUCCACUAGUUGGAAGGUCGAGUCACUAGGAGGAGAGGAUAGCUGCAUGGUUACAAUCUCGAUCGCCGUUGCUCCGCGAAAGAUGUUUGUCUCUGCUGGGCGAUUGAUCUUUGCUCCUCUUCUCAGAAGAAUGGUGAACAAAACCAUCAAUCAAGACUUGAAGGAUUUGGCUGCUUCGUUUGAAAACGAAAAAGAGCUCAAGAAGGCACUUCUACAACAUACUACCAAUGCGACCCGACCGGUCAGUCUUGCCAAUGCUCGAAGGUUCGAAGAGCCGAAAGAGGCAAAUUCAGAACGUACUCGAUCGACUAUUGCAUCCUACGAUGAUGUUCCCAGUAGUGGUUCUACCUUAACCGCAGUAUCGGAACUCUCAUAUGCAUCAAGGGCAACACCACUAGGAAGACUGGAUUAUGCAGAAGAGUUCACAAACAUUCGCCAAGUCCGAAGUGAUGGGCGUGUAUGGAACCAUGCAUCAUGA